UCAAGUCAAGUUAAUACCAAACACCUUAAUACGUUAGUCAUAUCCACUUGGAGCGUUCUUAGCGGCGGUAGUGUUUUUCACGACGAAUUAGUUAAGGAACAUAAAUAAUUAACACGCAACAAAAUGCAAAAAUUACACAUGAUUUGCGCUUUAUUUGUUUUGGUCUCGGCCAAUAUUGUUGCUGGUCAGGUCGUAAGCUUUGGCUUGUGCCCACGCAAUAUCAAAACUGUUCAGGAUUUUGAUGUCGGAUCGUACUUGGGCACUUGGUAUGAAAUUUCGAAAUAUCCUUUCGUCUUUGAAGCGGGCGGUCGCUGCGUGCAAGCUGAAUACGGAGCUUUAACUAACAAAACUAUUUCGGUAGUGAACUCACAACUGUCGGGCAGAGAUAACACUCAAUCAUCAAUUGAUGGCAUUGCCAAAAUUGUUGGACCAGGCAAAUUAUCUGUGCGCUUCAAUGGUUUUGCAUCUCUCGCUGGUGAUGCCCCUUACUGGGUUUUGGGCACCGAUUAUGCCAAUUACGCCGUCGUCUAUAGCUGCAAGAACUUAGUGCUCGCUCGCUCAGAAAAUGUCUGGAUUCUUGCACGCGAACGCAAUCCAGAUGAAGACAUUGUAAAGGCAGCCCAGGAUGUUCUUGUGGCGAAUAAAGUAUCACUGGCACCAUUGAUUGUGACCGAUCAAACCGAUUGUUAAGGAUGAUCAAUUAAUUGGCACGAACUUCGAAAAGAAUACUGGAAAAUCAUUCAGAUUUGUAAAUGGCAUAGCUUAUUUGAAAAAAAUUAAAUUAAAUGCUUGUACUUGUAAACAUAAAAAAA